AUGGUCGAUUCUCUCCUCGAACAGCCCGACAAAGUCAAGUUUGAAUACUUGACAGCAGCCGCCGCCGCCGCCGAUCCCAUCGCCCGCCCGUUCCAACAGGGCGAUGUCUUCGAGUACACCACCCCGGUCAACAGCCGGCGGGUGCAAGUGAGAAUCUUGUACGACGCCAACAAUGGGCGCGUUAGGCGCACGCCUAACAGCGGACGUGACGAGGCAAUGGCCUUCGAAAUCCGCCUUGACAACGGCCCAUGGGUGCCGCUCAGCGACCCAGUAACUGGGACCCGUCUCUUCGCCGCCGGUCCUUCUCAAAUCGAGAUGGAAAUCUACAAGUUCCUCGGCCUCGCCACGGCGCCGGCUCCAGCAAAUGCUUGGGAGCGAUUCGACCUGCUCAAGAACGGCACCACCAACCAGGGGACUCUGAAGGCCGUACGCGACAGGUGGCAUGUUGAAGCCAGCCGCAAUGGCAUGGUCAGACCUACACGACAUCGCCCGAGGGGUGCUCCUGCUGCCGGCCUUGCCAAUCUUCCCCCUCUCCUCCCGGCACCACCACCACAGCAGCAGCAGCCACAGCAACCACAGCAGCAGCAACAACAACAGCAGCAGCAACAACAACAGCAGCAGCAGCAGCAGCAGCAGCAUCAACAGCCACAGCAGCCACAACAGCAACAGCAGCCGCUGCUGCCACAAGAUUACCAUCAGCAACAGCAACAGCAACAGCAGUCAGAGUGUCAAACGCAAUAGAAGCAGCAACAUGUGUUGGGCUGGGCGUUCUCUUGGUGGUGGUGUGUUUUCGUCUGUUCGAGCUGGUGCUUGCGUGUGUCUCCUGGAGAUCAGUGAUGAUAUGGGACAGAAAGGGUCGUCUAGAGAGGCAAUGGAAUGAUGCCGAAGUGGAACUGGAACUGGAACUGGAAUGACGAUAGGGAGCUGGGCUCUACUUCACGACUAUGGAAUGCUGCCUGCUCUUGAGAUAUGAAAGAGAGGCCGAGCAUGGACGCAAUGAAAUGAUAAGUCGUCCCACAAUACUAGUCCUCAUUGCAC